AUGGCGACGUCUGAACUGAAUUCCCACACUCCAGACUCUGUCAGGCUGGUGAACGGGACCAGCCUGUGCUCAGGCAGACUGGAGGUGAAGACUAACCAGUCUACCCAGACCUGGUCCUCAGUGUGUGAACAGGACUUUGACCGGCAGGAUGCAGAGGUGGUCUGCAGGGAGCUUGGCUGUGGGGCUCCUGUAGUCCUCCAGGGGGCGCUCUAUGGAAACGUGGAGCCUCCAAUGUGGACCAAAGAGUUCCAGUGUGGAGGCCAUGAGUCUGCUCUCCUGGACUGUAGAAGCUCAGGCUCAGAUAGAACCACCUGCUCACCUGGAAAAGCUGUUGGACUCACCUGCUCAGUUCAGGUUGGUGGGGGGGACAGUCGCUGUGGAGGAUCACUGGAGCUGAAACAUAAAGGACAAUGGAGACCAGUGAUGGACCAUGACUCCGACUGGUCCCUGAAGGCAGCAGCUGCUGUCUGCAGAGAGUUAGACUGUGGCUCUGCUGUUUCUUUAGGAAAGAGACAAGAGUCCUUAUACAGCUCUGUUUGGAGGAUCAGGUCUGACUGUAUUGAGACUGGAUCUGCUCUGAGGACGUGUGUGGACUCAUCUUCCUCUUCCUCCUUCCUUCAUCUCACCUGCUCAGACUCUGUCAGGCUGGUGAACGGGACCAGUCUGUGCUCAGGCAGACUGGAGGUGAAGACUAACCAGUCUACCCAGACCUGGUCCUCAGUGUGUGAACAGGACUUUGACCAGCAGGAUGCAGAGGUGGUCUGCAGGGAGCUUGGCUGUGGGGCUCCUUCAGUCCUCCAGGGGGCGCUCUAUGGAGACGUGGAGCCUCCAAUGUGGACCAAAGAGUUCCAGUGUGGAGGCCAUGAGUCUGCUCUCCUGGACUGUAGAAGCUCAGGCUCAGAUAGAACCACCUGCUCACCUGGAAAAGCUGUUGGACUCACCUGCUCAGAGCCUGAUGCUGUCAGGUUGGUGGGGGGGGCCAGUCGCUGUGCAGGGACACUGGAGCUGAAACAUAAAGGAGAAUGGAGACCAGUGAGUUACUAUUUCGCUGGCUGGACCCUGAAGACAGCAGCUUCUGUCUGCAGAGAGUUAGACUGUGGCUCUGCUGUUUCUGUAGAAGAGAGAAAAGAGUCCUCAGGCAGAUCUAUGUGGAGGAUGUGGUCUGGCUGUGUUGAGUCUGGAUCUGCUCUGAGGGAUUGUGCAGCACCACUUUCCUCUUCCUCAUCCUUCCUUAAUCUCACCUGCUCAGACCUGCUCCUUCAGCCCAACAUCUCUGUGUCCUCCUCCGUGGUCGGGGUCUCCGAGGAGGACCAGCAGCAGGGGUUCCAGGUGUUCUGGGGCUCCACCUUCACCAUUAGCUGCUCCGUCCAGCCCCAGUACCCAGGAGGCUCCUUCCAGCUCAGCUUCACCUCCUCCGACUCAGCACACAACACCACCCAGCCAGCUGUCAAUCACUCUGCCCACUUCCUGUUUCAUGUGGCAGAGCCCGCCCACCAAGGAAGCUACAGCUGUGUUUAUCAGCUCCAUGUUUUCUCUCAUAACUUCUCGUCUGAGAGCCGGGUGCUCUCCCUCAGCAUCAUGGAUCCGAGGCCUUUAAUCAUCAGAGCGACCGUCCUGCUGCUGGUUCUGCUGCUGGAGAACAUCGUUCUUUACUUCUACUGCAGGGCCAGCAGGGGGCAGCUGCCGUGCAGACAGAAGAAGACUGAUCCAGAUUAUUAUAACCUGGGUGUCCCUGCAGCUGAAGGAGGGCCGACUGAAGAGGAAGGAGCUCAGGGAGCAGAGUAGCACCUCCGAGGACCUCAUGGAGGUCCAGCAUUUAUGCCCCUUUUCAUCCCCACUUGGAAUAGUUC